AUGGAAAACAUAAUAAACAAAAAGCAUAAAAAAGGGGGAAAUAGUAAAAUCUUUGUUUUAUUAAAAUUUUCUAUAUAUACUAUUUUAUUAUGGAUAGUUACAUUUACAACUAAUAAUUAUAAAUAUAAUGAUUAUAACAAUGAAGGAAGAAAUAAACAAGUGAGACAUGAAAGAUCAUUAAGCGAGGCUGCUGUAGAAUUUGAUACAAUUUUUGAUGUGUUUAAGGAAAGUUUUUUAGAUCAAAUGGGAUGUAGUGAUCAAGAUAAAAAUGAAAUAAAAAAUGCUAUGAAAAUGUAUUAUGAUAAUAUAGAUAUAAAUGCAUUAUCUAACGAAAUACAAAACAAUGAAAAUUUCCUUAACGAAUUUGGUAAUGAUGCUAGUAGUAUUAACAAAAUUAUGAAAACUGAUAUUACAAGUGGUCAAGGAACUAGUGCUGAUGAUAAUAAGACAGAAAAUAAUGUAUCAACAUCUUAUGGUGAUGAUAAGCCUGAAUCAUCCACUUCAGGAGUAGAAAGGAAGAAGGAAAGACCCAAUUUAUUUACAGAUACAUUAUCUAAAGACAAAAAUAAUACAAAUGACAUUAAAAAAGAAGAAAAUAAAAAGGAACCAUCACAAUUAGAUGAAAAUAACCAUAGCGCAACUUCAUCAUAUCAAGGAGAAAAGAAUAACGAAAAGACACAAAUGAACAACCAAGAUAAAACUGAAAAGGAAACUGAUAAAAAUGAAACUGUAACAAAAAAACCUUCUAAAUAUACAUUGAAUCUUGAUUCUCCUUUAUUAAAAGGUUCAAGUGAAGGUGAAACCUCAUCCAAAAAAGCACAAGAUAAAAGUAUAGAACCUACAAAAAAACCUUCUAAAUAUACAUUGAAUCUUGAUUCUCCUCUAUUAAAAGGUUCAAGUGAAGAUGAAUCACAAUCUAAGAAAGAGUCAAAUGAUAGUAAUGGAUCAACCAAAAAACCUUCUAAAUAUACAUUAAAUCUUGAUUCUCCUCUAUUAAAAGGUUCAAGUGAAGAUGAAUCACAAUCUAAGAAAGAGUCAAAAGAUAGUAACGGAUCAACUAAAAAACCUUCUAAAUAUACAUUGAAUCUUGAUUCCCCCUUAUUAAAAGGUUCAAUUGAAGGUGAAUCAUCAUCUAACAAAGAAUCAAAUGAUAGUAAUGGAGCAACUAAAAAGCCUUCUAAAUAUACAUUAAAUCUUGAUUCCCCCUUAUUAAAAGGUUCAAGUGAAGGUGAAACAUCAUCUAACAAAGAAUCAAAUGAUAGUAAUGGAGCAAAUAAAAAACCGUCUAAAUAUACAUUGAAUGUUGAUUCCCCCUUAUUAAAAGGUUCAAGUGAAGGUGAAACAUCAUCUAACAAAGAAUCAAAUGAUAGUAAUGGAGCAACUAAAAAACCUUCUAAAUAUACUUUGAAUGUUGAUUCUCCUCUUUUAAAAAGCGAAAAAAAAUCAGAUGUGAAACGUGGCGCAAGUAAUUUGUUUAGUCUAGAUAAUAUUGGAAAACUCGAUUUAGGUUCCAUACUUGUCCAAAAUUUAGAAUUACUAAAAGGAUUUGCAUUGAAUUUCCAAACUUUGAGUUUAAUUUUCUUGGUGUUCGUUGGACAGUUCUAUCCUGAACAUUUUCAAAAGGCUGCAAUAUUCGUUGGAAUGGUAAAUGUAUUUUUAGAAUGUAAACGUUUAUAUGGUAGAUCUCAAAAGAAAUUAAAAUAA